GGAACAAGCCUAAAGCAGUAAGCAACCCCAAGCAGAAUCCAGAACCCUCCGGCGAGUCCCAUCUCCUUCUCCUCUUCCUCCAUUGAUAAACCCCCGAUUUUAGAGGCAUCGCGCAAUCUCCAUAAACCAAGCAGUUAACGUAAAAUCCCAGAAGGAAUUCUUCCGUUCUUCCGUGGGUAAAAGAGGGAUGUUCUUCUUCUUCGUGGGAGGGCUGGAGCAGCAGGCGAGGCGGGUGCUGCAAUCGGGCGCGGGGCGGUGCGUAGCGUGCGGGUCGAGGGCCGAUCUCGUCGACUACGACAAGGUGCUGAAGCUCUUCUUCGUCCCCGUCUGGCGCUGGCCGGGGAGAGCCCCCCUCAUGCACUGCGGCGGCUGCGGCCUCUUCUUCCCGCCGCCCUCCGCGUCCCUCCCUCCCCCGCCGCCGCCGCCGCCGCCGAGGAUGAAGGCGGAGCCCCACGGCAUGCGGUGCGGCUCCUGCGACCGGCCCGUCGAGCCCGAGUUCAGCUUCUGCCCCUUCUGCGGUGCGGCUCUGUGAUCCGUCUUUCGUUAUGGAAUUCUUCUGGACUUUCCUUUGGCCCGCGUUUCAGUUUUCAGGGUGGUGCGAGUAAAAACGAAUAUGUGGUUAGCCAUUUCAGUUUUGUGUGUAAUUUGAUGCUCCUAGUUCAAAGGUUACAGAGAUAGCGACUUUAUGAUACCCAUCUUGGUGUAGUAAGGCACCGUAUAAAAGUGCUACUGUUUGCAGCUAGGCUUUUGGGGUCAUAUUCUGGAUAUGCGCCACGAGAUAUUGAUGCUGAUAUCCGUCUCGCGGACGGAUAAUGCGCAGCAUCCGGCCAAAGAAGAACCAGAUUUCGGGACUUUAACUUUUGAUUCGACAAACUGGCGUUUCAUACAAAGUGGAAUUUUGGGUUACAGGGAAGAGAGACCGAAUGCCAUAUGCCUAGCGACUCAGAAGCAAAUCUUGAACACUACUGUAGAAACUUGGGAGGACUGAUGAAGAAACCCCAAAAAGAGCAAAAAACAAA